CACAAUAACUGGCAUAAAACCACCUCACCAUUAUGCACUCUCUCACACAGAUCUAAAAAAUAUUAAGUAAACCAUUGCUCAGAGAUAUACAGUCAAGUCCACACUUCAAGUUCAAGAUGUACAUGUUUGUAAUCUCACUCAUCUUGGUGUCUUCAGUAUCUGCCGAGCCGUCGCAGAUGAAGGAAGAUGAACCGAAGCCAUGCUGCAGUCCAAGUUCAUUUACCCAAGAUUUAUAUGGUGCGACCACUUCCUUAAAAGAAGGCCAACUGUUGGAGGUUUUGUUCAAAGUUUUCUUGGCCUAUGACUCCAUCGAAGAAAAGAUAUCAAGCAGCUACCGUCUUGGUUUUACAAACGGAACCGAAGAGUACAUAAGAACAAUUAUCGACUACAAACAGAACGAGGCCUACACCAUCUUCAAAGAGGCGAUGGGUGUAACAUGUUACAAACAUACGAUAGAAACAGGUUUCGAAUACUACUGCCUUCCAGAGGACGCCGAAUAUGUUCGCAGCACAACCCUUGGCGACCGUGCACUGGAUGUGGAUAUUUGGAAAGCCACCGAGGAGUCCGAUUCGGUCACCACACAAGCGGUGAUAGUGCAUCAGAAGAGCGAGUGUAUACCCAUUCAUUAUGUGUACAGAACAUUUGACUCCCAAACUGAUGAGCAGCUUGACAUCAGCAAUAUCCAUGUUAGCAACUUCAAGCUAGGUAUCUGUGAUAAAGACGUCUUCCAUGUACCAGAUGCCUGUCAUCAGUCUGUAUUGUCCAAAGAGGAACCCAAGCUUCCAAAACACAUGUUGAAACUUCGUCGGCUCGGUCUGACUCGCGGACUUGGCUUCAACUUCGGCAAGAACUAGGAAGUAACGUGGUUGAAGGUGAUGCUGUAUUCCAGAGACAAGAAUUGGUUUAAUGUUUACCGUUUGAUUGAAUACUAUAGGCCUAGAGCAUAAGAUAAUGCUAAUAGUUGUUAUGCAGCUGUUUAGAUGUAGAGAAGAAUUAGUGUCGCAUGUUUUAUGCAAAUGUCUUAAAGGCUUUAAAAA